CCGGAAACUGUCUCUUAGGGUCAAACCCUAAACCCGGCGAUGAACCUGCUAGCUCUCCUAGCUAGCUCCGCCAAACAGCUUGUUUUAGUUUAGUUUUAGACAAAAUGUCUCAAACAAACUCCGGCAGCAGCGAUAAUGUGAGCAAAUAUUCAGCGCUGAAGGAGGAACUGAACAGAAAGGUGAAGGAGCAGAAGAUUAUUGUGGACGAGCUUUCUAAUCUGAAGAAAAACAGGAAAGUUUACAUCCAGCAGAGGAACAGCAACGUUUUCUUCCUGGCCGACAGAAGUCAGACUCUGAGUUCCUGUAAAAAGCAGUUGGACUACAUGAAGAAGGAGCAGCAGGACCUUUGAGGUCAUCACCAUGUGCGGGAUCUUCUGCCUGCUGAGCCGGUCCGCGGCUCCGGAGGAACGGGACCAGGCGGUCCUGGAACCUCUGCAGAGGAGAGGACCGGACUCCAGCCGGGACGUCUCAGUUACAGGAACAGACUCCGGUUAUCGGUGCCUGCUCUCCGCCCAUGUUCUCCACAUGCGGGGCCUCCUCACGCCGCAGCCGCUGCAGGACGCCGCCAGGAACGUCCUGCUGUGGAACGGGGAGAUCUUUGGAGGCCUUCCAGUGGAUCCAGACCAGAACGACACCACCGUCCUCUCUCAGCGGCUGCAGUCCUGUGGAACCGCCGCUGAGAUCCUGUCGGUCCUGUCAGCGGUCCGCGGGCCCUGGGCCUUCGUUUACCACCAGAGGGCGGCAGAGUGCCUCUGGUUCGGCCGGGACUUCUUCGGCAGGCGGAGCUUGCUGUGGAGUUUCGCGGCGGGAACAAUGACCCUGACCUCAGUGGCGGCGCACAGUCCGGCCUCCGACCCGCGGAGCUGGCACGAAGUCCCGGCCGCCGGCGUGUUCAGGGUCGACCUGAAGGAGUUUGCUCGAUCCGGUUCUGUUUCAUUGGAGAUUUUUCCCUGGGAUCAUCCCGAUAUUCCCUCCACCAGCCCAGAAUCCCUUCCCGUCUACUGCCUGGCGGUGAUGAACCCGGCUGGGCUCGUUCUGUCCGCCCCAGUUCCUCCUCUGAACGAGUCACUUCCAGCCUCCAGCCCUGACCCGCUAACCGAGUCCCGGCUGUCGGGCCGGGAGCUGGAGGAGCUGCUGGCAGGAAGCACGCGCCCGGAUGAGGCGAAACGUCUGAUCCGAGUCCUGAGCGAGGCGGUGCGGAGACGAGUUCAGGCUCCGCCUCCUCUGGCCGGUUCCGCCAGCGUUGCUGUUCUUUUCUCCGGAGGAAUCGACUCCAUGAUCCUGGCUGCUCUGGCCGACCGCCAUGUUCCCGCUCAGCAUCCCAUCGACCUGCUGAACGUCGCCUUCAGACUCCAGGAGCCAAAGAACCACAACAAGAAGCGGAACAAGGAUUCCCCGAGCAGCGACCUGACUGCUCGCCGAACCUUCAGCCCCUUUGACGUUCCAGACCGACUGACGGGAAGGGCCAGUCUGGAGGAACUGCGCGGCCUGAAUCCUGAGCGGCGCUGGAACUUCGUAGAGAUCAACGUGACGCCGGAGGAGCUGCAGGAGGCACGGCGGCAGCGGAUCCGGCACCUGGUGCUUCCGCUGGACUCGGUGCUGGAUGACAGCAUCGGCUGCGCUGUCUGGUUCGCUGCCAGGGGCGCAGGGAACGUCAUGGAGGACGGCGGGCCCAGACCCUUCACCUCCUCAGCCAAGGUGGUCCUGACCGGGAUCGGAGCGGAUGAGCAGCUGGCCGGUUACUCCCGCCACAGAGUCCGGUUCCAGACGGCGGGACUCCGGGGACUGCUGGAGGAGCUGAGCAUGGAGCUGGGCCGGAUCUCCUCCAGGAACCUGGGCCGCGACGACCGAGUGGUGGGAGACCACGGGAAGGAGGCCAGGUUUCCGUACCUGGACGAGGACGUGGUCAGCUACCUGAGCUCGCUGCCCGUCUGGCUGAAGGCCGACCUGUCUCUGCCGCGCGGCGUCGGCGAGAAGCUCCUCCUGCGGUCGGCGGCCACGCAGCUGGGCCUGGGCCGAUCGGCCGUCCUGCCCAAGCGGGCCAUGCAGUUCGGCUCGCGCGUGGCCAAGAUGGAGGACCGGCGGGAGAAGGCGUCCGAUAAAUGCAGGAGGCUCCUGACCGGAUGAUUGACAGCCUCUGGUUUCCUGUUUGAAUCAUUCUAAAAUCAUUUCCUAUUAAAAGUUGGUUCCUUUAAACCAUGAA